ACCACAGAGAUGGAGACAUGAAGACUGAACAGACAGCAACAAGUGGUGGAUGGGGUUUAAACCCCGCUAGCCUUGCCAGAUCUCACCCAGACUCAGGCAUACCGGGCUGCAGGGACAGCACUGGUUACACGCUUGGCAGCUGAAGGAGGAGAAUAACAAAACCUGAACGGCAGCCAAAUGGUUUUACCUCAACUCAGAAAGGAAAGAGCGCACUUUGAAAGACAAGAAAGGAGAGUACGUGACUUGCCUCCAGCUAGUCCUGUUGCACACCUGGAGAGGUUAGCUGGCAAAGACUAACAUUUCCCCAGCAGCCAUGCAGAAGUGUGCCCCGUUGAGACGAUGAUCAGAAUGUUCCUGGCACACCCGGCAACCUCACUGGCACAGCUGUCCUCCACCCGCUUUUUCUUCUGCCUCCUCCUGUGCAUCCCUCCUGCGUGGCCCGCCUGCCCCCAGUCCUGCCAAUGCACAGACCACUCGGGAGCCGUGGCUGUGCUGUGCAGCUCAAAGCAUUUGGAUGAAAUCCCAAAGGACAUUCCCAAAGAUGCUGUGUUUGUGAAGCUCGAUGCAAAUAAAAUCACCCAGAUCCCCAACAAUGCAUUCAAACACCUGAACCACUUGGAAGAGCUGGACCUCUCCAGAAACGCCAUUGAGAAGAUAGACAUGGCAGCUUUCAGAGGUGUGGCAGAUGGGCUGCGGACGCUGGAUCUUUCCAAUAACCUUAUUCAGAGUAUUCCCAAGGAAGCCUUAGUCAAACUGAAUGCUAAGAUCCGCCUGUCUAAUAACCCGUGGCACUGUGAGUGCGCUCUGCAGGAGGUGCUCUGGGAAGUGAAGCUAGAUCCUGAGUCAGUGAAUGAGAUCACCUGCCAAACCUCUGUGCGUGAAGAAUAUGUCGGGAAACCUUUGAUCCAGGUCUUGGACUCUGGCGUCAAUUUCUGUAACAUCCAUCAAAAGACCACAGAUGUCGCCAUGUUCAUCACCAUGUUCGGCUGGUUCACCAUGGUCAUCACCUAUGUGGUGUAUUACGUUCGACACAACCAGGAAGAUGCCAGGAAGCACCUGGAGUACCUUAAAUCACUGCCUAGCACCCAGGUCCCCAAAGAGACCAUCACCACGGUCCUGUAAUGCCAAGCACCAUGUCAAGAAACGCCUCGGGGGAAGCAAUCUGCUUCUGACCUGCUUGCACAAGCUUUUCUAUGAGGUUUUUAUGUGACAUUUGAUAGAAAUAUGAAAAUGUAUUUUGUUAUUAACUGAACCGUGGCCACAAGCUUGUAGGGAAACAGCAGUA